GCACCAACCUUGUGGCGGUGAAGAGUUACGGUGCAGCUCCCGCGUCAUGUCACUGAGUUGCCGCCUCCCACUACAAAGCUUAGACACAGUAUCGCAACACCGGUGAGAGGUUAUAAUACAUGACAAGUGCUACGUAAACAACACCUCACAGGAAGUGGAUUCUCACCCCCACGAACUGCUGGAAAAAAGUUAUAAAAGGGAAACUUGUCCUGCUGCUAGAAGUGAGCCAUGUCCAGACUCCUGUGCACGGCGCUACUGGUGGCGACGCUGUUCCUGGCGGUGACAUCACAGCCAUUCCCUCAGCAAGACCCCAGCAAGCACAAUGACUUCAUAUGGAACUCAAGAAAGAUAGGCAACAAGAAAGUAGCAACAUUAACUAUAAGGAAGGACGAAGAGCGGGAUCGCCGCAGCAUCUCGCCAGUGGAAGAUGAGGAAAGCGGCCACAAAAACGGGAGGAGGAGGCACGCCCACAGACACCACCAUGGGGAGGGCGCGCGGGCGGCGAUGUGGCUGGCGAACGACCAGUCAGAUGCGGGACACGACGGAGGAAGUGCGUCAUCAGAGACCUACACUUCUGAAGGGACGAGGCAUAGCAGCCGGUCAGCGUUGGAGGAUGGACACAGAGUGAGGCAUAGUGAUGUACGCUCUGAAAGUUUACAAGGUGAGGCUCACAUGCCAAGCUUUCCUGAGAUGCUUGCGGAAGCAGGAAUCACAGUCGAUCCAUCACUGCUCAAAAGCAAGACCACCAGCGCAAGGCGAGGCAAUAGCGAGGAACGCAGGAACAGAAACGGCAAGAAGAAUAGAAGAAACAAAGCAGGAAGGCGAAGCAGGAAAAACAGGAAUAAGAGGAAAAAGAAGGGUUGUCGUCGCCUGAAGGGGGAGGAGAGAAGGAAGUGCUUGGAAGCCCUUCGUCAGUGCAGCAACCUGAAGAAGCGUAAGAAGAGGAGGUGCCGUGCUGAUGCUCUUGAGGCAGCCCUCAGCGAAGCCUCCGGCAGGCGGGAAGACAUCCACAGCUUCCUCAAGAACAUCACUGAGAUGAGCGGGAAGGAGGCGUGUCACUACCACUACCUGAAGAGCUGCGGCACCAGAGUGGGCCUCUUCACCACGGGGCCAGACAGCGACAGGGCAGUCGUCAAGUGUCACUUCAGGAAGGAAUUCCUCAAGUGCAUGCAGAACCUGCAGGAGCACGGGACGUGCGACCCAACCUUUCACACGCGAGGCGACAUCAGCGCCCUCAGGGAAAAGAUCAAGGAGCUUGUAUGGACGCCGAGCAGCUGCCUCAUCUCGGACGUCGUGGAAGGGUGGAGUAUGACAAAGUGAAGUGUAUUUGGGGGAAGAACAACUCCAAUGAAGCUUUGACAGGAAGCAGCAUGAAGGAAGGAAGGAAGGAAGGAAGGAUCAGGACUCAGCAGCAGCAGGGACAGCCACAAGUGUUGCUGGAACAGACCAGUAACUGUUCCUGAAUGAAAUAUGGAGUGUUUUCAGCAUUGAUUUCAUUAUAUUGCCCAAUGAUCUAUCUACCAUCUAUAUCUAUCUACUACUUUAUAUAUGUACCAUAUAUACAUACAUAUAUUCAUUUAUUUAUUUAUUCAUCUGAUGUUCCUCCCUUAGCAAUCCUGCAAGGGGGUGACUCUGACAUGGCUCUGCAGGGCGGCAGCCAAAUGCUUCACACAGGACAUUGUGGGACAUACUGAGGCAAUUGUGAUCAUAUAUUCAUCUAUAUCUUAUCCUCUAUUUAUUUAUGUGCUACAUUUAUUCAUCAAUUGACCAUCAUUAAUUUCUGGUGACAUUCAUAUGACAUGAGGCCACAACACAACCAUUCUGUUGCUGCUGUUCAUGUACUUCAUCCUACACUGCCCACCUAUAACUCUCCCAUUCCCUUUUCUUCACUCUUGCUUCCUCAUCAAGACUGUUCCAUGGUUUCAUGUGCACAACAUCUACAUUCCUUAUUUUCACUCAUCAUAACUCAUCCCUCAUGGUGAACAAGCCAUUUCAAGACACACUGCUUCAAUGCUGGACAUCCCACAAUUAUCUUUCAUGUAAUGUCAGAUCUCCUAUAAACACUCACUACUUUUCAUAUUUUCUCCUUGACUCACACCACUCUUGCUUUCAUCCGUAUCUGAAUCUCACUACUUGUCAAUGCUGCCAUUACAUAUCUUAUUUGUCUGUUUAUCUAUUUUUAUUAUUGCUUAGUUAUUUUUUUCUUUUUAUUUUUUAUCUAGCUCAUGAAUGAGCUUUUCUCAUCAUUCUCCACACACACACACACACACACACACACACACACACACACACACACACACACACACACACACACAUAACUACACUGAUAUCUAAACACAUAACUAAACUGAUAUCAAAACUCACAUAAUUUUACUAUUUUGUGUUCAUGGAGUCUAAUCACGCACAACUUCCAUCACUUUACUUUUCCUCAAUAUUGAAACAGAAAUUAGAUUGAAUAAUUCCAUUUGUUAAAGGAAAGAUGCUUGAUAUUACUUUUAGUCAUACUUUGACAACUUGAAUCAUAUCAAUAUGAUAUACUAAAAAAUAAAUAGAUUUGAUAUUCACUUAACACUCACAUUUCCAUUAGUGCUGGUCACUUUUUCCACUCAUGCUGGUCACUUUUCUUUUUUUUUCCUUUCUCUCCAACAUCUGGAAACAGACAUUCCAUUAGUACUGAUAUGUACACUUUCACAUGGUAUUUCAAAACAAUUUCUUCAUUGCAACACACACACACACACACACACACACACACACACACACACACACACACACACACACGGAUCUCACUCCAUCUAUGGUAUUAACUUUAUAAUCCUUCCUUGCACAUACAAAAAUACAAAAUGUCAUGCAGUCAGUCAGUCAGUCAGUCAGGUUGUGUACAUUUUCUUGAUCUAGUAUAACACAUCAUAUAUUUUUUUUCUUUCACAGCUUCCAAUACAUUCAAGAAUGAAAAUCUUGUUUUUACAGCCUUCCACAUUCUAAGGCCUCCCUGUUCUUAGUUUUAUUUUGUGGUGUCUUCUAUAUCAAUUCAGUUUAUAUUGGUACUUCAUCUCACAUCUAACCACAUACAAUGACAAAUAAUUCAUCUGUAAUAUCUCUUUUUUUACAAUUCACUUAUGUCUGAUGCAGUAUUAUUAGGACUCUGAACCUCUUUAUCAUUUGGCUUAAUGAUUACUGGUAAGAACACAUGAAUAUAAGGAGGCAGCACAAGACCAGUUGACCCACACAAGGCAGCUCCUGAGCACCUGAAACAUAACAUUUCUCAUCAUCUAUAGAUUUAUCUAGUCUUCUCCAAACUAUUGAAUUAAAACAACAGACACUUUCAUACAACUGUCACCACCUUCCCUUUCAAGGCAGCUUGGCUAUACUAUGCUAUGUCAAGAUGUCCAAUUCACCACGUGUACAGCUUCUCAGCUGCUACCUAAACCAUUCUGAAUACUUCACCUAACCCACAUCUUCUCCAGCAUCAUAGACCCACUUUCAAAUCUCUCUAUAUAGGCAACAUAAGUUUUGGCUAUGAGAGAAGACUUUACUGAAGAUUUAACCCAUGUCAAAAAUUGUCAUAGUAGUUUGGUUUUCUGAUAUGUUACUACUCAAACCUUAAAUGAUCACUGAGGUCUGAGAGAUGCUGGGCAGCCUAGACAGUUCUGGCACCAGACUCUUCUCUCCAUCCAUGUGUCUCUUUAUAUCUCUGCUCAGAGGAGAUAAAAAGUGCAUACUCAUCUCUCACCUUCCCUUUGCUUUCCUCAUGCACACACACAUACACACAUAAAAACAUCAUCCUUUAUUCUUAUCCUCUAUAGAACAUUCACUCCUCUCAACCUACAUGGCUUUUUCUAUAUCCAAAAUUUCAAACUGUGUCAUGAAAGUUUCCAUUACUUAGUUUUUUUUACAUCAAAUACAGUCACUUGACCUUCCAGAAUUAUGAUGCACAAGUUUCAUAAGAACAUGAGUGCACAAGAAAAUAAGGAAAACUACAACAAGCCAUCACACUACACAUGAUUGGCCUUCAUUGAAACCUACCAGCCUACUUUCACUAAGUAUCCUCAUCCAUGAAUGAAUUUAAUCCAGUGUUUACCAAUCUUUUCUUGAGCAAGUACCACUUAGAGGUUCCAUACACUCCUCAUGUAUCACUAAGUUUUAGAAAAAAAGACUCAAUUCCAGCAUAUAUCAAUUUAUUCACAAGUAGAACAGAACACACAAAUGAACCAACAAGGAGCAACACUCAAUUUAAUGAGAGGGAUGCAUGUGUUUCUUCUCACCAGCUGAUCAGUCAGAUUAUUUUGUGUAAGGCAAUAAUAUCUUUUCUAAGAAAUUAAUUACAAUUCAAUCUAACUAAAAAUCACAUAUGAUUCCAAAAGUGUUCAUGUACCACCUGGCAGGCCUUUGCGUACCUCUAGUGGUACAUGUACCUACCACAGGCUGGGAAUCACUGAUCUAAUAAUUUGAAGCUCCUAAUGACUCAGAAAUAAUAACUUGACUCAUGACUUUAUUCCAUUCAUCCUUUUAUACCACAAUAUGGCAGAACUUGUUUUAAGUUGUCUCCCAACUCCUUUUCUAUCAUCAUCAUCAUAAUUAGUCAUUAUCAUCACUUCAUUUAAUGUUGUUUUCCCUGAUGAGAUUGGAUGACACAUGUUUGGAGCAAAAUGUUUCCUCCACCAGAAGAUGUUCCUCUCUGACACAUCCUCCAUGCAAUGGACACGGCUUCUUUACACUGCCAUUUUUCCUUUCCUGUUCUGUUUAUUUUGUUCCAUACCUCACUGAAGCAUUUGUCUCUAUUACUUGAUGAAAUAGAUAGCAAGAUAAGUACAUUUUGUGAUGUAACAAAGUGUACACUGUAUUAAAACUAAGCUGUUCCUUCCUGAAUCAUAAGACCAGUACUACAAUAUAUCCUUUCCAACACAAUCACACACAUUUCUUAACAUUUGCAAGACUUAUUCAUUCUUAUAACAUGCUAAGGAUCUUACAUUACUAUUCAUAUACACCUAUAUUAGUGCUUCUGUUCUAACAUCUCACCACAUACAGAGCUGGAUAGGGAUUCUGCCUCUUGUAGUGAUUCAUGGACAUACACUGUGUAGCUAAUGCAAAAAUUUUACAUCAAGCAUUCCCACAUGAUUUUCUUUGUACAGCAGCACUAUAACACAACCCACAGCACGGCACACACUGGUGAAGCUCCACUGAGGUAAAUUCCUAAGGUUAAGUGGCUCACCUACAUAAUCAUAUACAGAACUAGUUCAUAUUACUGUAUGUAUUUUGUACAAUGUGAAACUAAAAGUGCAGAUUCAUGACACUAAAAUAUUAACACAAAUGCAAACAAUGAUGAUGCAGAAUCUGGUGCUGAAACACUAAAGGAAUCACUGGCAGAGUCAUCGAACAGAUCACUGUGCAAACAUGCCAUAGUUGUGCCAUAGGAAGACAAGGAAGACUAUGUGAGGAACUAUAUGAGUUGUGGAAUGAGUGAUAUUAUUAGAUGGACGUGGAGAGAAUGGAAGGGAGUGACACUAGAGAGGGAAUUGCAAGAGAAAGAUAAUGAAAAUGUAUGUUUGAUAUGCUCGGAUAGGAACAAAUGGAAACUUAAUUACUUUCAUUGUUAUCUAAGGAAAGAUCUGUUAUAUAUAAAUACAAUAGCUAAGUUGUGUGUGUGUGUGUGUGUGUGUGUGUGUGUGUGUGUGUGUGUGUGUGUGUGUGUGUGUGUGUGUGUGUGUGUGUGUGUGUGUGUGUGUGUUGUUUAUAUUUAGAAUUGUCCUGCUUUGGGGGACGGGGUCUAAUGGGCCUUCUGGUGUGGUCCACAGCUAUAUAUAUGUGUCUUAACUGGGAUGUGAGUGGGCCUCCUAUCACCCAUACUGUGCAGUAAGCUGUACCAUAAUGUCCCUUGAGAGAACAUACAAGGCUAAGAUAAUGAUGGAACUUUGACUGAUCUCUGUUCCAUAACUGCAUAACAUUCACUCUGCAUCAGUUCCCACUGCUCCAAAAUCAUGAUUCUAAACCUUAACCUUUCCUAUGCACUCAAUCUUUCAUUUUGUGGUAAUAUUCUCCUCAGAUACCUUGAGGUGGUUCAACUUUCAUACACUACUGCAUAAGGUAUCCAAAUUAAGUGUUACCCAAUCCAAAGAUCCAAGGAUAACAGUACAACCAGAUUCACAUUAUAGUCCCAGAGUCUAAGGCACUGUACUUUGCCCUCCAGGUCAGGGGUUCACUCCCUGGCAUGGGGCUCUCAUAGGGAACUUAUCAAACCUUCAGAUACCUUUCCCAGUGUAUUCAUAAGGUGCCCAAAGGAGCAUUGCACAACUACAUGACACAGUUUUGAUAAUGUGACUUCUGAAACACGAAAUUUGAUUUGAUAAAAAUGCAGACAUGAAAAAUAUACAAUAUGAUAAGUAGUGUAGUAUAACAUAAGGACAAGUUCCAUCCUGCUAUACAUUAAAAUCUAUUGGUGAACUCUGCAACCAUUCACAUCUACCAACACCAAGAGUUCGUUAGCUGUGUCUCAGCCUACACAAGAUUGAGCUCCAUAUUCUUCAACAUCUCUGUCUCAUCUUUACUUUUAACAGACUCUAGUGAAACUUAUCUGGGCUUUCAAUAAUGUUUUUAGGACACUAAUGACUGUAUAAUCACUGUUCUUCAUCAUGAAAAGGGCAAAACACCCAUGAGGACGAACACAGAAUUGUGAUUUUUUUAAAUAGUUCUCAUGAAAAAAUGGUUAUGAAUGUGAUCUUAGUUAUAUUACUGGGAGGACCUGCUGCUACUGUGUGUGUAGGCAGAGCAGUGGGUGGCUGCUCACUGUGUAUACUGGCAACAAGAGGUUGUGUGGCUUGUUGUGGAAAAACUGUUGUGUGCUACUGGGUCAGACUUGUGGCUUAGGUGUGAGUUAUCCAGCCACAUCAUGCUGGCAGCUACCUGAGGAACUUGUGUUUUCCUUUCUUAUGCAAACCUCUUUGUUAAUGUUAGUCAUCUUAAUGCAUGGCUUUCUGUUACAGUAUUAUUGUUUGCUUUUGCUGGUUCUAUGACUUUUCUUUCUUUUUCUUAUGGGAGGGAGGCAAGGGAGGGGUGUCACUGGCAGCACAAGGAGAAUUAUUGUAGCUAAUGUGUACCAUAGUUCACAUCAUCUAAGCUGUGAUCCACUCCUGUGAUUCAAGUUUAUUCAUGGUGUCUGUUUUGGUUGUGUUCUUUAUUUUGUAUACAAUGUCAAUUCUUAAUAAAAUAGUACUCGUAAA